AUGGCCUUUGCAGAGAAGCGGAGGACAUGGAAAGAUAGCAGCUCAGUGGCGCUGGUCAUGAAGACAGCAACAGUGAGCACGGAUGGAAACACUCAUGAGGUAAUUAUCCCAAGCUGCUGUUAUUUUUGGUCAGAGCUAAAACCAGUAAAGAAGGCACACCUUGAUGGACACCGACCUAUGAACCCCUGCCCAGUGUAUGAGAAGACAAGCCAAACACUUUUCCUGUUUUUCAUCUGUGUUGAAGGCAAUAUCUCAGAGCGGUGGCAGAUAAAACAUGACUGUAACAAGGCUCGCCUCUGCUAUAUUACAACUACAGAUGAUGGCCAUAGUUGGAGUGGCGUGACUGAUUUGACAAACCCACUGGUAAAGGAGCAAUGUUGGGCCACGUUUGCUGUUGGGCCGGGCCAUGGUCUUCAAACAGAGGCUGGUAGAUUGAUUGUCCCCCUUUAUGCUUAUGAUAGCCCUAAGACUAAGCCUAAAGCCGAUCCUACUCCACAUGCUCGCUCACUAUACAGUGAUGAUAAUGGCAAAACAUGGCAACUUGGUGAAAUGUUACAACAUGAGUCACUCGAAUGUGAAAUGGCCGAGUUUUUUGAUGAGAAACAAGAAAGCUCAAUCUACUGCAAUGCCCGUACUACAGGAGGCAAACGAGAAGAGGCGGUCAGUAGAAAUAAUGGAAAGGAUUUUUCCGAGCUUAGUCCUAGAAAACUUCCUGAAACAGGUAAAGGCUGUCAGGGAAGUGUGGUCUCCUUUCCAGCUCAAGGUAAAGAUACUGAGAGCCAAAACAAGUGGCUGCUCUUCAGCCACCCAGAGAGCAAGAGCAAAAGGAUCAAUUUAGGAGUGUAUCUGAAUAAAUCUCCAGGCAACCCAAAGACAUGGAGCAAACUGGGGAUCAUUAACAAAGGACCCAGUGGUUACUCAGAUCUGGUUUACAUUGAUGACGGUUGGUUUGCAUGUCUCAUGGAGUGUAGGAAGAGGCGUGAAACUUAA